CCGCCAUGAGGAGGAGACUGCUAAGCUGUGCAGCGUGAGAGUCAGUGUGUUAAGACGAUUAUAGUACUGGAUACGAACUUGAGACGAGCUCUUUUGCAAUUGCAAUUGCUGUUUGCCAUCUGACUUCUAAGCUGGAAGUCGUGAACUGAAGUGCCCCACGUGUCCGGACUGAGAGCCACCAUAUCGUUGUCCCAAACGUGUCGCAUUGAGAUCGGUGAGCAUAUUAUGUGCCUUUCAUUCAGGUUUUUUGUUCUGUUUAUCACAUUGUUGUUAAAUAAUAGCCUUAUCUGAACUGUUUAAUUAUUCAAAUGUAAACUUUUACUGAUUUUGGGUAAAAUGUGAUAUUUUAAGGUUGCAUUUGGAAAAUGCUUGUGUAAUCUACAACAAAGUGGGUUAGGAAUGCAGUGAAAUACUGCACUGAAGUGAAAGACAAUUGUCUUAUUGCAAAUUUGAGUGCUUUGAUGAUGGAUUGAUGUCAACUAUGAUGUCUAUAGAGAUCUGAUUUAGGGAUUAAAGCUAGAACAGCUUAAUAGAAAUUCUAUUAUUUUGCUGGUCCUGUCUGUCGACAGGUCAGGUUUUUUUCCCAUGCUGGAUUGUUCCUGAGGUGGAUUCCUCCUGUGACUGUGAUGGCGAGCCUUCCCACCUGAACUUAGAGAAAGAACUGGAUCCCUUCUUUUCCAUUUGGAGUCUUGCUGCACCCUGCGGUGUGGUAGGCCUGUAUCACUCAUACCUUCACACACAGUUGGUUAUGCGCGAGACCACUGACUGACAUUUUUUGCUUAUUGUUUCAUCCUGGAAUUUUGGACAUUACCCUUUGGACAAGUUUAUUUCAGACAUUAUAACAACCUGCUGUGUAGGAAAUCCUCCUCAUGUGAAUGGUGUUGAGUUGAACCUGAAUUGGAACUGAAAUUGAUUAAUCUGUUGUUCUGUUAUCCAUUACAAUUUGGAAUUCAGAUUACCAGGGUGCACCCAACAGAUUUGAUAUUGAGAAUUAGCACUUGGCCAAGUAAUAUUAUUAUUUUAUGUAUUUUAUUGUGUGUAAUUUCAUUUUCAUAAUUGUGAGCCUUGUACAACUGUUCGUCAAUUUUAUGGUUUAUGUCACUAAAGUUGGUUGUCCUUUAAAAUUAUCCAGCUGCCUUUGUGUGUCACUUAAACACCUCAUUGUGCUCCCAUAGCCGAACCUAUUGGCCCAUUCAUCUAGAAUAUAUAAUACCUUUCUCUACUGUGUUACAGAGAAGCUGUGGCGAGCCAGCCAGGAGCAUGAGUGUGUGUGUUUAAGUGUCAGACCUCUUACACAUAUUGUUAGGACGUGCCAAGUACUCUUUCAAAAAAAAAAGGGGAAAAAUGGAUGUAGUGCUCAGGGAGUCCAUCAAAAUUCCCCUCUCUGUGGUUGUUAGUGGUUUAACAGGGUCUGAGGCAGAUGAGGAAGUGUCCACCUUUCUCCAGAAGUAUGGUUCCAUUAACCGUUACAUUUGCUUAGAUGAUCCUAAAUCGGAUUACCAUAAAAACAUGAUUAUUGAGUUUGCGCAUGAAACUGGCAUGCAGACACUAGAACCAUUUCUGCCUCUUCAGCUUCCAAGCACGACUCAAGCAGGCAUUGUGUAUGAGUUGAAGGCUUUAGGAAGUGUCUACACCGUAGAUGCCAGAAGCAAAGCUACUAAGAUGUACAUGGAACAGCUCUCUGAAAUUGCCAGGCUGAGUGGAAAUUCAUUAGGGGAAAUGUUGAAGGAGGAACUUAAAAGUCUGGUUGCAUCUGCAGAAAGUGCUUUUGCCCAACCACCUCAGACUGAUUCAGAAUCCUCAGCUUCACAGAGUCCAACCCCACAAAAAGACUCAACCAGCCAAAGAGAUGUCACAUCUUCUGAGAACCCUCAACCAGUGACGCUUACCGAAUCCACGAUUUUGACACCAGCAACUGAUCCAAGUAAGUCUCUCACCCCUACCAUUUUCAGUGAAAACCUGAUUGAUCUCAACCCCCCACAGACUCUUUCAGUCUCCUCUGAAUCCACUACUACGCCCCUAAUCGAUGUCAACCCACCUGCAGUUCAGCGGGUGGUGGUUGAGCAUGUGGUGCGCAGCAAGGAUAACUCACCCCAGUUUGCUUCACCCGGUAGACUCAGAGCUUUUUCAGGCAAGAGUCCACGUCCAAGCCACGAAGCAGAUUACGAUACAUGGCGUGCAAGUGUUGAAAUUCUUAUCAGAGAUCCAUCUGUGUCAGACUUGCAUUGCACACAUCGUAUAUUGGACAGUCUUCUUCCUCCUGCUUCUGAAAUGAUCAAGCAUUUGAGCCCACAGUCAAGUCCCUCAACUUACCUUAAGUUGCUUGACUCCGCUUACGGGACAGUUGAAGAUGGCGACGAGCUUUAUGCUAGGUUCAUGAGCACAUUCCAGAAUGAUGGAGAGUUACCUUCUGUCUUUCUGCAGAGACUGCACACUGCUUUAAGCAAAGCAAUGAGACGAGGUGGUGUGUCCACCCAUGAGUUUGACCAACAGCUUUUGAAGCAGUUCUGUAGAGGCUGUUGGGAAAAUGCUUUAAUAGUUGAUCUUCAGUUAGAACAAAGGAAAGAGAAACCACCUGCCUUUGCAGAGUUGUUGCUCCUUCUUAGGACAGAAGAGGAUAAACAGGCUGCAAAAAUGACUCGCAUGCGGCAGCAUUUUGGCCAUGCAAAGUCUGGCCAUAACUCCAGUAAGCAGCGUGUCAUGUCACAAGUGCAUCUCGCACAUGACACUAAUGAUUUGAUAAAUAAGACUGAUCUUGAGAUGCUCAAGCAACAAAUUGCUGAUCUCAGCAUUCAGGUGAAGAGCAUUGUGUCAGAGGGCCAAAACCCAAAACGACCUAAGCAGCAAAAAGCAAGGUCUGUUCCUCUAUGUGUCACACUGUGCACAGAGAUCCUUUUUCAUUUCCUCUUUUCUCUACAAGACAAAUGACAGACGAGUCGAGUCAAAUGAAAUCGUUCUCAUUCUCCUCUCUAACUUUUCAGGGAUGUCUGUGGCUCUGCAGGUAGAGCAGGUCAUCUACUAAUCAGAAGGCUGGUAAUUUGAUUCCUGGCUUCUUCAGUCUGCAUGCCAAAGCAUCUGUAGGCAAGAUGGUGAACUGCAAGUUGCUCCUGAUUGGGUGGAAUGUUAGAUAUAUGCAAAUAUGUAUGAAGUGCUUCGAGUGCAUGAGUAGAGUAGAAAGGUGUUAUAUAAGAACCAGCCCAUUUAGCAUGUAAAUGAGGAGGAGGAGGAAGAGUGGGUGUUGUUUUUAACACCUUCACAUGUAUAUCGCAUUAUGACUUGAGACGAUGUGAGAAAAGUGAACUUCUGCAUUGCAGAUUAAAGUGCUGUCAGUGUUUGUUAUCAGUUUGCAGACACAUUUGAAUGCCUCAUACAGAGCAAUGAGUGGAGCUGCUAUGAGUUUAAUAACAGCAAUCAGUGGAUUUCUUCUUCUCCUCACUGUGACAGCGGUUCAGGGUCAGAAUGGUUGGGGAGUGACUUACACUUCUACACAGAUCUGCGCCAUAAAAGG